CCCAUCCCUAGCAAGAGAAAAAGAAGGAAACAGAAAGAAAGACAUGUCUGACCGUACCAUCAUCCUCAUCAGCGGCUCCAACACGGGCCUGGGCUUCGAGACGGCAAAGUCGCUCCUCGCCUCCUCGUCUUCCAAAUACACCAUCGUCGUCUGCAGCCGAUCGCCCGACAGGGCAAAGGAGGCCGCACGAGAGCUGAGCAAGGGAGAUGAGCACCUCGCGGUUCCUCUGCAGCUCGAUUUGCAGUCCGAUGACAGCAUUGCAGCUGCGCAGGCCUUCCUACAGGCUCGUUUCGGAAAGCUGGACGUCCUCAUCAACAAUGCCGGAAUCAACAACGAGGGUUUCACUGCGCCUACGGACGUCGCGUCGAGGCGGAUCCGCUAUGCUCAGACGUGGGACAUCAACUUUUCCGGCACGCACCUCCUGACCGAGGCGCUGAUGCCGCUGCUCUUCCGCUCCAAUGAUGCGCGCGUGCUCUUCAUCGGGUCCAGUAUGGGCUCGCUGCAAGAGAUGAAGGACGGCAAGCCGCUCCAGCAGCAGCCCAUCGUGCCGGCCUCGGGCUGGCCAAAGGAGAGCCUGGGUAUGAACAUGCCCGCCUACCGGGGCUCGAAAGCGGCCAUUACGAUGCUCAUGCUCGAGUGGGCUCGUGUCCUCAAAGGGGACAAGGUCAAGGUCUGGGCAGUCUGUCCAGGAUGGCUCGCGACCGCCCUGGGCGAGGCGGACCCGGAACAGAUGCGGUCCUUUGGCGCACUGGAUCCAAAGACCGGGGCAGACUUCCUACGCGACGUCGUCGAGGGUAAGAGAGAUAAAGACGAGGCCCAAUUUGUCAACCUGCAGGGUUUCCUGCCUUGGUAGAAGACUGCCGUUGCAUUUG